ACCUACCAAUACCAUAGCUUUUCAUUUAUCCUUCAUCACAUAAACCAAGAUACUUGCCCAUGGAUUCCAGCUCUAGCGAAGUAGCACAGGACUUCUCACCCUUUCUCAAAAUCUUCAAAGACGGUCGCUUGGUCAGACUCAUGGGCUGCGACGUCCUUCCCCCCUCUCGCGAUCCCGCAACAGACGUCGAAUCCAAAGACGUCGUCAUCUCCAAAGACGACGACGUAUCGGCCAGGAUCUUUCUUCCCAAACUCCAUCAUCCAACCCAGAAGCUCCCUCUACUCGUCUACUUCCACGGCGGGGGUUUCUGCAUAGAAACACCCUUCUCGCCUCCUUACCACAACUUCCUCAACUCAAUCGUUUCCAAGGCCCACAUCGUUGCUGUCUCCGUUCACUACAGAAGAGCCCCGGAGCACCCCGUUCCCGUCGCUCACGAAGACUCUUGGGCUUCGCUCAAAUGGGCCGCGGCCCAUGUCGGCGGAGACGGCCCUGAGGAGUGGCUCAAUCGCCACGCUGAUUUCGGGAGGGUGUUUUUCGCUGGAGACAGCGCCGGAGCGAACAUCUCGCACCACAUGGGUAUUCGGGUCGGGACCCACGGGCUUCCGGGUCUGGAUCUUCGGGGAAUUGUUUUGGUGCAUCCUUUCUUUUGGGGCGUGGAGCGAAUUGGAUCUGAGGCACAAAAGGCCGAAGGUGUUGGCAUAGUGGAUAAUUUAUGGCGUUUUACUUGCCCCGCCUCGAGUGGAUCCGACGACCCGUUGAUGAACCCGGCUAAGGAUCCGAAUCUGGGGAAGCUGGGUUGCGAGAGAGUGCUGGUUUGUGUUGCUGAGAAUGAUUUGCUGAAGGAUAGGGGCUGGUAUUACAAGGAGUUGCUGGACAAGUGUGGGUGGAAGGGUGUUGUUGAGGUCAUGGAGGCAAUUGGAGAAGGCCACGUGUUUCACUUGUUAGAUCCCGAUUCUCACAACGCUGUCUCUUUGCUAGAUCGAAUUGCUUCCUUUAUCAACCAUAGUUAGGGAUUAUAACUUAUGUCUGCAAAAACUUCGGACUUUGCAGACAAAGUUGUAUGUUGACAUCCUUCGUUUACUUGCAUUUUAGUUUUCAGAAUCUGCGCUUUCAGUUUGUUUUAUGUCAUUGGCUGCUUUCUAAGAUCAGUAUAAUGGUAUAAUAUUAUCUUAGCUUUUUCAUUAAUUA